AUGGGUAGUAUGGACAUUGCUGAAGAGCAGAAGCUGCGUAGAACAGGAAGAUUGUUUGGCGGAUUGCGAGAAGAUUUACGAAUUAAGGCUUCAUGGUACCGAUCUGAUUUCGUAGACGCUUUCAAAGGGCGCAUAAGUCAAAUCGUUGCCGCAUCAAUAUUUUUAUUCUUUGCUAACGUGUCAAAAAUGGUCACGUUCGGUGGCGUCAUGGACCAUGUUUUGCACAAGCAGAUGGGUACGAUCGAAAACCUGUUGUCUGGUGCCUUCUGUGGUAUCGUUUUUGCCCUUUUCGCCGGUCAACCACUGUGCAUCUUGUCAGCAACGGGGCCGUGCUUGGUUUUUGAAACGAUCAUCUUUCAGCUUUGUGAAAGUCAAGGUUGGGAGUUUUUGGUUGUUCGCUUCUGGGUCGGUUUAUGGACCGCAGUGUUCGUACUGUUGCUGGUUGCCAUGGACGCGUCGGUGAUGGUCGCCUGGAUAACGCGUUUCACAGAAGAAGCCUUCGCCACUCUCAUUUCCUUGAUUUACGUCAUUAAAGCUGUUCAAGAGUUGAUGAUGAUCGCAAAGGAAGCACCGAUGAUGCGAAAUCUCAACGUCAGUUUUAAAGUCAAAAAAGUGAUCCUCAUAUGUUAA